UGAUGGCGGAGGCGGGGCGGCGGGCUCAGUCGGCGGGGCCUCCGCCGGCGGCAGCGCUAUGGGCAGAGCCAUGGGAGUAGCCGGGCUGCUCGCGGGGCUGCUCCUCGUGCCCGCCGUGCUGCUGGGCGCCGGCUUCGGCCGCGGAGAGCCGCCCCCCGACCCGCAGCCGGCGCCGUCCGAAUGGGGGACGGGGUCGGACGCCGUCCCCGAGGACUCGCUGUGGCCGCUGCCGCAGUCGCUCCGCACGUCCCGUCUCCGGCUGCAGCUGGCCCCCGAGCGCUUCCAGGUGGUACACGGCGCCGGCUCCUCGGCGGGGCCGGCCUGCGGCCUCCUGCAGGACGCCUUCCGCAGGUACUACGAGUACGUGUUCGGACGCUCCGGCUGGAGGAAGCCGCACCGAGCGUCGCCGUCUGCGCGAGGGGAGCUGUCGCAGCUGCAGGUGGUGAUCGCCUCCCCGGAGCCCGGCUGUGACGGCUUCCCGCACCUCGCGUCUAACGAGGCCUAUCAUUUAACUGUAACUGAGCCUGUGGCUAUACUGAAAGCAGAUGAGGUAUGGGGAGCUUUAAGAGGUUUGGAAACCUUCAGUCAGUUGGUUCACGAGGAUGAUUAUGGAAGUUUUCUUAUCAAUGAAUCUGAAAUCUAUGACUUCCCAAGGUUUGCACACAGAGGAAUCUUACUUGACACUUCAAGGCACUAUUUGCCAUUGAAAUCUAUUCUCACAAACCUGGAUGCUAUGGCUUUUAACAAGUUCAAUGUUCUCCACUGGCAUAUAGUAGAUGAUCAGUCAUUUCCUUACCAGAGUAUUUCUUUUCCCGAGCUUAGUAACAAGGGGGCUUACUCUUAUAACCACGUCUAUACUCCUACUGAUGUCCGUCUGGUGAUUGAGUAUGCCCGAUUAAGAGGCAUUAGAGUUAUCCCAGAGUUUGAUACCCCAGGACACACACAGUCUUGGGGAAAAGGUCAAAAAGAUCUUCUCACCCCUUGUUACAGUGGAGAACAACCAAGUGGAUCCUUUGGACCUGUAAAUCCCAUUUUGAAUUCAACUUACGACUUCAUGGCUACAUUAUUCAAAGAAAUCAGCAGUGUAUUUCCUGAUGCCUACAUCCAUCUGGGAGGAGAUGAAGUGAGCUUCAAUUGCUGGAAAUCUAACCCUGAAGUGAAAGAUUUCAUGAAGAAGCAAGGAUUUGGCAUUGACUAUGCUAAACUGGAAUCAUACUAUGUUCAGAAGAUUUUGGAUAUUGUUUCCUCCUAUAACAAAGGAUACAUGGUCUGGCAGGAAGUGUUUGAUAACAAUGCAGAGCUGAAACCAGACACUGUAGUUGAAGUGUGGAUGGCAAAUAACUAUGCACACGAACUGAGCCGUGUCACUAGAGCAGGGUUCACUGCUAUCCUUGCAGCUCCCUGGUAUUUGGACUACAUUAGUUAUGGACAAGACUGGACAAAAUACUACCGCGUUGAACCACUUAACUUCCCUGGAUCUGAAAAACAGAAAAGACUCCUAAUAGGUGGAGAAGCUUGCCUAUGGGGAGAAUACGUGGAUGCCACAAACCUCACACCAAGAUUAUGGCCUCGGGCAAGUGCUGUAGGGGAAAGACUCUGGAGCAGCAGAAAUGUGACCAACUUGGAGGAUGCCUAUAAAAGACUGUCUAACCAUCGAUGCCGCAUGCUCAGCAGAGGCAUAGCAGCUGAGCCUCUUUUUGUUGGCUAUUGUCCCCAUGAAGCAAGAUGGCAGUGACUGCUUUGGAUACCUCCAUUCAGCAACCUGAAGUGCCUCUGAAGAUGCAUAGAUGCAUACAUGUGGUUUGAUUGUUGAACCAAAAACAUCUUCACUUUUAAAAUAAAGGUAUUUCACAUG